GGGGUGAGUUUUGACAAUAAGAAGCGGGUCCAAUCCACUCCGCCGGUUUCCCAGGCAGAGCGAGGACAGUAGGAAAGACCCUCUCGUUAUUGGGUUCUGCGCGGGGACAGACCCAAGAUGCUCAGGACCCCGAUGCUGGGCAGGAACCACGCCAAGUCCUCAGGCCUCUCCGUCUUGGCCAAGCAGGUGUGGGGGGCUCCGCGAAGCCACCUGCUGAGGCCCGAGCGCCCGUGCUCCCAGGUGCCCUGUGCGCACAGAAGUAGGAAUAACGCCUUGCACCCCCUUUGGAAGGGCCAAGCCUCCAAGCCCGGGGGCUCCCGGCAGUCCCCCAUCAACAUCUGCUGGAGGGACAGCGUCUACGACCCUGGGCUGCGCCCUCUCCGGGUCUCCUACGACGCCGCGGCCUGCCGCUACGCCUGGAACACCGGCUACCUCUUCCAGGUGGAGUUUGACGACGCCAAUGAGGGCUCAGGAAUCAGCGGCGGCCCCUUGGAAAACCACUACCGCCUGAAGCAGUUCCACUUCCACUGGGGAGCGGUGAAUGAGUGGGGCUCGGAGCACACGGUGGAGGACCAUGUGUACCCGGCAGAGCUGCAUUUAGUUCACUGGAACGCUGUGAAAUACCAGCACUACAAGGACGCCGUGAUGGGAGAGAACGGCUUGGCGGUGAUAGGCGUGUUUUUAAAGCUGGGGUCCCACCACGAGGCUCUGCAGAAGCUGGUGGACGUCCUGCCGGCAAUAAAGCACAAGGAGGCACGGGUGGCUAUGGGCCCCUUCGAGCCCUCCUGCCUGCUGCCCACCUGCCGGGAUUACUGGACCUACCCGGGCUCCCUCACCACUCCUCCACUAACUGAGUCUGUCACCUGGAUCAUCCAGAAGAAGCCCAUUGAAGUGGCCGCGAACCAGCUGGCCGCGUUCCGCACGCUCCUGUUCACCGCACUAGGCGAGGAAGAGAAGACGAUGGUGAACAAUUACCGCCCACUUCAACCCCUGAUGGACCGGAAGGUCCGUUCGUCCUUCCAGGCCACGAAGGAAGGCGCCAGGUCCUAAACGCAUUACGUCCAAGCUAAUGGGCUGAACUGACUUUCAAAAGAGGAAGUAUUGUUGCCCAGGUCUCAUGGUCUGAUCAUAUGCAAUCCCUAGAAUUAAAAGGAAAGACAGAG